UGGGUCCAAUUGCUACCUCAACUUUUUGGGGUGAGUUGAAACAGCCAGGGAGGAUAGAAGCAUCCUUAUUGUGGGGUAUGACUAGUCGUUGCCAGUACAAUCGAUAACAGAAGCCUUAUCUGUUUAUUACCAAAUGUGGUUCUUAAUAUGGCGUGGGCAGCAGCAGCAGUUGCUUCUUUCCGUCCGCCUACUCUGUCACUUCCGCAUUGCAAUCUUAGAAAGAAUUGUAGAGUGAGAAAUGUGCAAACGCUAAGGUCCAGGGUUAGGGUUGUUGCAGCACAACAAUCUGAUGUUGUUAAAGCGCUUGGAACUUUUUUGAAAAUUAGCAAAGAUGUAUUGGAUACAGGAAGUAAACUUGUUCCUGAAUCUGUGCCAAGACCUGUGGCUCGAGUAGGUGUGGCAAUUGGUGGCUUUGUGGUGUUUUCAUUUGUAUUAAAGUCAGUCUUAUCAACAGCAUUUUUUAUUCUGGCUGUCAUUGGAGUUAUCUAUUUAGCAUUUAUAUAUUUGAAUAAGGAUGAAGGCCCAAGGCGCAGCAUUGAAGAGGAAGAUGGUACAAUUGAUGAAUCACUAGAGGAGGCAAGACGAAUCAUGGAUAAAUACAAGUAGUUUGUUAUCGAGUAUUUAUGGAAUAUAUGUUUAUGCUGAUUAAGUAAUCUAAAAAGUAAUAAAGAGUUGGAGAAGCACCCACAAGAUGAUCUCAGUAUUUUGUUAUAUGAUUGUAUAUAACUCGAACAACAAUCCACCGGAUUUCCAUGUUUCUAUUUAUCUAUUAUUAGCCAAAACUGGAAAUUCUCAAGGAGGUCAGUAGGAGUUUGAGAAGCCACAAUAAUAUUCAUUUAUUUGAACUCAAAUUUGGUAUUAGUUCCAUAGUUGAAGGAGAUUGCUCAUGAAUAAACUGAAGCUCUUUUUUA